AUAGACCCCGCGUCUGAAUCCAUUCCAAUGGAGCCAGACAAAUCAAGUGAUGCCCAGGAGCCCACUCUUCAGAAACCACAGUCCAGCUCAGUGAAAACAACAUGGAACGAGAUCACAGUGGAUUUCAUAAUGAGGACCAAAAUCCACGGUUUGAAGUUUGUCUUCUCUGUGGACAAGUCAAAACCGCAGCGAGUCAUCUGGAUCAUGGCCUUCUUCCUUUGUCUCAGUCUUCUCUUCACCUGGUCCUGGAAUCGAAUCUUCUAUUUGAUGUCCUACCCCGCUGUCACCAAGAUCUACAUGGUCUGGGCUCACAACAUGUCCUUCCCAGCGGUUACGUUCUGUAAUAAAAAUGUUUUCCGGGUGUCCUCUCUGACUAAGGAUGACCUGUAUCACAGCGGCUACUGGUUGGACCUCCUGUAUCAUAAUCACACAGUCAUAAAGAGGAGCCUGUCUAUCCUUAAAGACAAUCACAAGCAGGGUCUGCUCACUCUCCUGGACUUCAACAGCUACUCCCCGCCCCCCAAUUAUCACAUCAACACCACAGAGAUGAUGGGUCGGCUCGGUCACCAGCUGGAGGACAUGCUGCUGGAGUGCAAGUUUCGUGGGGAGAACUGCACCCACAAAAACUUCAGCACUAUUUACACGCGGUAUGGAAAAUGCUACACUUUCAACUCGGGAUUAGAUGGCAACCCUUUGCUGACCACAUUAAAGGGUGGCACAGGGAAUGGCUUGGAGAUCAUGUUGGAUAUUCAGCAGGAUGAAUACCUGCCUGUUUGGGGAGAAACAGAUGAGACCUCCUACGAAGCAGGCAUCAAGGUUCAGAUCCACAGCCAGGACGAGCCGCCCUUCAUUGACCAACUGGGAUUUGGUGUGGCCCCUGGUUUUCAAACUUUUGUGUCAUGUCAGCAGCAACUGCUUCAGUACCUCCCACCGCCUUGGGGAGAUUGCAAGUCUACUCCCAUGGACUCUGAAUACUUUUCCACGUACAGCAUCACUGCAUGCCGCAUCGACUGUGAAACACGGUACCUUCAGGAGAACUGCAACUGCAAGAUGGUUCACAUGCCGGGAAACAUAGCAGUUUGCACACCUGAGCAGUACAAAGAUUGUGCUGAUCCAGCUUUAGACUUUUUGGUAGAGAAAGACAACGAUUACUGUGUCUGUCAGACCCCCUGCAACAUGACUCGCUAUGGCAAGGAGCUGUCCAUGGUUAAGAUCCCCAGUAAGGCAUCUGCUAAAUAUCUGGCUAAGAAAUUCAACAAAACUGAGCAAUAUAUUGGAGAAAAUAUCCUGGUCUUGGACAUCUUCUUUGAAGCUCUGAAUUAUGAAAAGAUUGAGCAGAAGAAGGCCUAUGAAAUUGCUGGACUUCUCGGUGACAUUGGAGGUCAGAUGGGGCUAUUUAUUGGAGCCAGUGUUCUUACAAUACUGGAAAUAUUCGACUACCUAUAUGAGGUGUUUAAAGAUAAGCUUUUGGGUUACUUCACACGGAAGAAACGGCCACAGCGCUGUCAGAGCGACAAUCUGGAGUUUCCAGAGAACCCAACCAGCCCUGGUGUCACGCCUAAUCAUGCCCCCAGAGCACCUGUGACACCCUCCGGAGUCACUCGGACAGUCUCGGAUUCACGCCGAACAUGUUACCUCGUCACCCGACUAUAGGAAACUUUGAGGAGUUUGCUUGUUGACAACAUAAAGCAGGGGUUGUGGGUGGGGUGGAACAUCUGGGUACUUGACAGCAAACUGUGAAAUCAUUUUAACAGAGAAAGGUUGAGUGUAUAUUCACAAAAUGCAUAGUACAGUUUUAUCAAUGCCUGAAUAGAAAUAGAAUACUAUCAUCAGAAACAAAAAGAGACCACUUCCAAAAACAGAACUCAGGUUUAACUGCCAUGUCAAGGCAUCCAUGUUAAUUUACUCAUGUUUCAUUCUGUAGAUUUAUGUUAUCCAGUACACAAUCAGUGAAGAUAAAUGUGUCCAAAAAAGGAUUCUAAACUGUGUUGAGAUGAGUCACGUGGUACUGCUGUGCUAGUAUUGCUGUACAUCAGUCUAGUAAAAAAAAAAUAAAGCAACAACAAAAGCAUGUGGAUUUGUAUGUGUAGCAGUGUUUAUCAGUGUUAUGCCUCCAGCAUCUAACCAAUGCUGUACUGAGUGACCUUAUACCAGUCACAAGUUUUAACAGAAGAGCCUUUUUAGAGAUCUGCUCCACUUUUAAUGAGCUGAUUGUUGACAAGAAUAAAACACUAGACUAGUGUUGAAUGUUGCCUUUUGCUACUAUGGGGCUUUAAAUUGUCUUUAAUUAGACAUCUGUGCUUACCUAACAUAGAAACACAAGAGGAACUUGAUGAUUUG